CAACAAGAUGGGCAUCAAGGAGCGGAUGCGGCUGAGCAGCUCACAGCGCCAGGGCAGCCGUGCCCGGCAGCACCUGGGGCCCCCCCUGCACCGUUCCCCCAGCACUGAGGACCUCCCCGAGGCCUCCAGCCCCACCAAGGUGCAGAAGAGUUGGAGCUUCAACGACCGCACGCGCUUCCGAGCAUCCCUGAGGCUUAAGCCGCGCACCCCGGUUGAUGAUUGCCCACCGGAGGACAGUGGUGAGGAGAAGAGCUCCCACUGUGACCUGACCUUCGAGGACAUCAUGCCAGCAGUGAAGACUGUCAUCAGGGCUGUGAGGAUCCUAAAGUUCCUGGUGGCCAAGAGGAAGUUCAAGGAGACUUUGCGUCCCUACGACGUCAAGGACGUCAUCGAGCAGUACUCGGCUGGACAUCUGGACAUGCUGGGCAGGAUCAAGAGCCUGCAGACACGUGUGGACCAGAUCGUGGGCAGGGGAGGCCUCACUGGGGACAAGAAGCUGCGGGAGAAGGGGGAAAAACCAGCACUGGAGACAGAGCUGGUGGAUGAGCUCAGCAUGAUGGGACGUGUGGUCAAAGUGGAGCGGCAGGUGCAGUCCAUCGAGCACAAACUCGACCUGCUGCUUGGCCUCUACUCCCAGUGCCUCCGCAAGGGCUCCACGAACUCCUUCAGCCUGGCUGCAGUGCGGGUUCCUCCCUGCGAGCCUGACAUCACCUCUGACUACCACAGCCCCGUGGACCACGAGGACAUCUCGGUCUCUGCCCAGACCCUGAACAUCUCCAGGUCUGCCAGCACCAACAUGGACUGA